AUGAAUCCUCAAGUCCGUCCGCUUCGGCUGAUGAGCGCUGCUCCCCGGGCACAUCUUUUCACGAGUUCAUGCAGAUACCACAUCCGGCGCAGGGCAUUCGGCACGGGCGCGCCCCUCAAGAAUAGCGACGAUAGCGAUCAUUCCAAAAGGCCUCCUUCAUCUGGCGGCUCAUUCGAGUCUUUUGGGUCGUUCCGUAGCGGACCCGCUCCACCACUUCUGCCGAAGGAGGAGCAAGACAUCUUCGACUCGCUGCAGCGAGCAUCAACGGGUGCAUUCUCUACGCCGCGAGCGCCACCACGGAUAAACCAAUCCCCUCACUCGUCACUAGGCGAGACAGAAGAUGCACAGGGGGUGGUGGAAGCGAGGACUGAGAAGAUCGCCACUGAAGGUGGUAACAAAGCCGCGGAUGGAGAUCAGCCUAUCUUCAAGGACAAGUACGACCGGGUCAUUGAGGCGAGAGGCAAAGGAGGGGAACUACACCCCGACGUCGUGCGACGUGCGCAGCCGGAGUUUGAGGGCGAUGUCAAUCCCAGGACGGGCGAGGUCGGUGGUCCAAAAAAUGAGCCGUUGAGAUGGGGCCCGACCAGCGAGUGGACAUAUAACGGCCGGGCUACGGAUUUCUAG